CCACAAGUCAGUCUCCCGUCGCUCUCGUUGCAAAUUAUGAUGAGGCAGACGAAGAACUUGACUUGGAGCUGGAGUACGAGGAAAUGGGUUUGUUGCAGGACGACGUUCCCACUGUCCCUUCGCUGUGCGGAGUGCCCCUCAAAUACAUCUCUCUAAUAACCCUUGCCCUUCAAAACUCCCUCCUGACGAUAAUAAUGCACUAUUCCCGUGUCUCUAUCCCACCAUCUGAGUCCUACUCUGCGCCUACUGCCGUGCUCCUAAACGAACUACUGAAAGGGUUCAUAUCCCUUGCCAUCGCAUUCGUCCGCAUAGACCGUACCACAUCUCAUUCCUCCGACACGGUAUCUCCAAGCUUCACCUCAAGCGCAUUCUGGCACCCCGAUAAGGUUUUGACUCGUGUCCGGAGGCUCGCCCGUGAAGUUUUCAGCCCUGACUGCUGGAAGUUGUCGAUACCUGCCAUCCUAUAUGUCAUUCAAAAUAAUCUACAAUAUGUUGCGGCGACAAACUUGGAAGCGGCCACCUUCCAAGUGAGCUAUCAAAUGAAGAUCCUUACAACUGCUGCUUUUUCUGUCUUGCUCUUGCGCAAACAGCUGAGCGCUAGCCAGUGGUUGGCCCUACUUUGCCUCGCCAUUGGCGUCGGAAUCGUUCAGAUACAGACUACCACCGACGAACCAGCCAAGGUCGCAUCAUCUCUUCUGUUCAAUGGGACGUCGAUGAAUGCGCUGAAGGGUUUCCUCGCGGUCAUGGCCGCUUGCUUCACUUCUGGGCUAGCAGGUGUGUACUUCGAGAUGGUCCUAAAGAAUUCGCAAGCAGACCUAUGGAUACGGAACGUACAACUUUCCUUCUUCUCCCUACUCCCGGCGCUCGUCCCUAUCGUCGUGUCUAGGUCGUCUGAUGCUGGGGUCAUGCAGUCUUUGUUCGCAAACUUCGGUGUUUGGGCCUGGGGAACGGUCGCCAUCCAAGUCUUUGGUGGACUGGUCACUGCAUUGGUGAUCAAAUACUCCGACAAUAUCCUCAAAGGGUUUGCGACUAGCCUCAGUAUUGUGAUAUCGUUCCUGGCAUCCGUCGCACUUUUCGACUUCCAAGUCACGUUUACCUUUAUUCUGGGGUCCGUCGUCGUUCUGAUUGCUACAUGGCUGUACAAUCAACCGGGGCGCAGCCCCGCUGCAGCUCGAUUCAGUUUCUCAGUCAAAAACUGAUCGCGCCCGCCAUAGUUCCGCGCCUUGCGUGCCACAGGGAUCCUCUUUUGAACCUUCUACCCUACAGUCAUGUCAGCAAAGCACACAGCUAAUAUUAUGGUUCGUAACGGACGUUUGGGACAUUUAAUUAUCUUACUUUAGAAUUCACGUAUAUAUGUUAAGGACCAAGAUUGUGAAAUGUGGAUAAGUACUAAAUAAACGUACUAAACUUAAAUGGAAAUACCCCGUACGGCU